AUGCACGGAAUGAACAAGCUCGCUCUGGCACUGGUUGCCGCGAUGGCUGCUGUUGGUGAAGCCGAUCUUCACGAUAUGCACGCUCGUCACCUGCAUGCUCGUGGCUCUGGUCUGCCUCUGCCUCAAACUACUCAGACUCAAUACGUCAGCCCCGUUCCUGAGCCUAUUCCGACCCAGUCUCCCUCCGAGUCUGCUGUUCCUGCUCCUUCGGAGUCUGCUCCUGGUGCUUCCUCUAGCGCUUCUUCUGGUGCUCCCUCUGGUGCUGCUCCCUCCAGUGUUGCUCCCUCCAGCGCUGCCCCAUCUGGCACUCCUUCUGGAACCCCCUCUGGUGCUCCAUCCAGUGCUGCUCCCUCUGAUGCUUCCCCCUCUGGCAUUCCCUCCGGCUCUCCCUCUGAAAGCCCUAGCUCGUCUGCUCCUUGGACCAUUCACACCUCUCGUCCCCACAUCACUGGACGUCCCAGCUCGAGCCCCGUUGUUUCGCCCACUUCCGCUCCUAUCUCUACUCCUGUUGUUGUCACCUACACCACUGGCACUGGUUCGACCGCCAGCGUUGUGACCACCACCAUCUGGCGCACUGCCACCAACCACCACACCGUCACUGCCACCGAGAGCAGCGGUGCUCUGGAGACCCCUGGUGACCAGAGCCACAACCAGGACACUGGAUCUGAUGAGACUGAGGGAACCUCCACUGUCACCUCCACCCUGCACUCCACUGCCACCAAGACCCUCACUGUCGUCGAGGCCCCCAGCUCUGCUGCCGCCGGCAAUGGCUCUGGCUCUGGCGAGUGCGGCGCUGUUACCGUUACUGUGACCGCCACCGAGACCGUUACUGCUGACGGUACCGCCGCCACCACUGCUCCCGCUGCCAACAACCACCAGCAGGGCAACGGCAACGGUAACGGCAAUGGCGACGAGGGCGAUGACACCACUACCAUCCCUGCCACCGCUACUGCUAUCGAGACCGCCACCGAGACCCCCAGCGUGACCGUCACUCCCUCCAGCACUCCUUUCCCCAGCAGCAGCGGCCGUCCCACGCCCUCUUUCACUCGCCGCCCCAUCUCUUCGGCCCAGGGCCACGCGACUACCUCCGUUCCCUACGUCCCCGGAGGUGCCACCAUCCUGCCCAUCCCCAGCGGCUCGCCUUCCUCCAGCCCCGCUCAGCCCCAGAAGCCUGAGUCCACCGGCUUCUUCGCCCGUCUCGCCCGCCUCUUUUAA